AUGACGAUGGCCUUCUCCGUGGCCUCGUGCCAGAAGGAGCGCAUCUACGAGAGCGGCGAGGUCCUCGGGCGUGGCGUCAAGCUCGAGCUGUGGAAGGCCAACCACAAGAACGUCGAGGUGCUUGACCUUGAGAGCGAGACGAUCCAGACGGGCAUGACGCACCUGCGCGACUACGCCUCGUCGGGCGCCAAGUUUAUGCACUGCGCAGACAAGCUCAUUCGCAACGUGCUCGAGGCCGCGUUGACGCAGCUGCCCAACGACGAAGACGCGGUUGUCACGACGCCGCUCGGGUACAAGGCCAAGGGCGUCGACUACGAAGACAACGUCAAGGUCUGCGGUAUCGCGCUCUGCGACGACAAGCUGUGCACGGAGCGACUCGAGCAUCUGUUGGCGUCGACGCUUCCGUUUGACUCUACGAUCGGUGCAAUCAAGCUCCAGGACAAUGCGGUUGCAACGUCGUCACUGCCCGACGACAUUGAAGAGAGCUUUGUCGUGCUGCUGCACCCGGACUUUGCCUCGUUCGAGAAGAUGCAGCCCGUGAUCAAGUUGCUGCUCAAAAAAGGCGUCGAGCCCGACCACAUCCAGGUCGUCUCGCUCGUGACGUGCCCCGCUGCGGCCGACCAAUUCUGCAAGGUCUUCCCCGACGUCAACCUCGUCACCGCUUCCUACGACGCAGCGUCCGACAGCCAAGGCCGCAUUGUGCCCGGCAUUGGCAACUUUGAAGCGCGCUAUGUCGGGAAUGACGGCCCUGUCUCGGACGAGCCGCCGAGUGUCGACCCUGCGACUGAGGCCGCCAGCGGUAGCAGCAGCUGGUGGCCCUUCAAGUAA